AUGGCUGACUUGUUUAAAAAUCUCGUGUUCGAUCUAAUUGAAGCGAAGACCAGUGUUGAGUCUGCAAUCAUUGCUAUUGUUCUAUGUGAUAUUUUUGCCAUCUAUCUUGCAUUUGGCUGGUACAACGAUUUCAUUUGUAACUUCAUCGGACUAAUCUAUGCAACAUAUCUCUCGUUACCGACGAUUCUGUUAUCGGACACGUCCAAUCAAAGACACCUCUUGAUAUAUUGGAUUGUUUAUUCAUCACUCGGUUGUAUCGAAUAUCUUUUGCAUCGCCUGUGUGAUUUCUUAGUAGUCUAUUGGCUUGGUAAAUGCAUGUUUCUCAUUUGGUUUCUUCAAUCUGGAACAUCUUCAUCUAAAAAAAGUUCCGAACAAGGAUUACCUUACUUGCUGAAGAACUCAGAGAUGACGGUUUCUGCAGAUACGGAAGUAAAUGGAGUUGGUGAUGAUAUUGAGCGAUAUCAUCAAGAAAUAUUCGAAGUUGUAACAACGGGUGAUUUGAAACGGUUUAACGAUAUACUUGAUGAAUUGGAUCGUCAUAAACUGCCAACAAUAAAGAAAAAGGUGCUCAAUAUGGGUUAUCAAGAAGCAGACGGUUUAACAGCAUUAAGUAUAGCAGCUGGAGAAAAACAUAAAUCCAUCACCAAAACAUUAGCUAAAUGUUCCGAAGUUGACGUGAACAAAGCAUCGUUUUCGGGUAUUACACCAUUACUAAUGGUUGCCGAAGUUGGUUGGCCAGAUAUACUUGAUAUUCUAUUAGAACGCGGUGCUAUUGUUGAUGCAACACCAUCUGGUAAACGAACUGAAGAUAAUAAAAUGUCUGGUUCAACACCAUUAAUUAAUGCAACGAAAUAUAAUCAUCCUGAAUGUGUUAAACGUUUAUUAGCACAUCAUGCUAAUCCAAAUCAUCAAAAUCAAUCGGGUAUAUCAGCAUUAAUGCUUGCAGCUGAACAAGGUUAUUUUGAAUGUAUUAAAUUACUUGUACAAGCUGGAGCUGAUCUAGACUUAGCACCAAGUGGUCCAGGUGCUGAUAAUUUAAAUAUAACUGGUCAAACAGCAUUAUUUAUGGCUACAUUAAAAGAUCGUGUUGAUGUUGUAAAAUAUUUAAUUGAAAAAGGAGCAGAUGUAAAUGUACAAAAUUUUUAUGGUAUAUCACCAUUAUUUCUUUGUGUCGAAUCGGGUAAUGGAAAACUUGUUCAAGCACUUAUUGAAGCUGGUGCUCAUGUGAAUUUUACACCAGAAGGAGAAUUAGCUGAAGAAAAUUUUCUUGUCGGACAAACGCCUCUUUUUUCUGCAGCUAAAAGUGGUCAUGUAGAAAUUUGUGAAUAUCUUAUUAAAAAUGGUGCUGAUGUUAAUGCUGUAACAAUGACUGGUGCAAGUCCAUUGUAUACAGCAAUUGAAGAAGGUCAUUUAGAAGUUGUCAUUUUAUUAAUACGUUAUGGUGCUAAUGUAAAUCAAUCACCAAAAGGACAAGUUGCACGUGAUCUUCAUAUUGAAAAUCAAACACCUUUAUUAAUAGCAUGUAUGAAAAAUCAUGAAGCAAUUAUUCGAUAUUUAAUUCAAUCUGGUGCAAAUGUUAAUCUAACAUCUGAACAUGGUACAUCACCAUUCCUUGCCAUAUGUCAGCAUAAUAAUGUUAUAUUAGCACGAUUACUUAUUCGACAUGGUGCACGAUAUGAUGUUGAAACCAAAAAUAGAUAUGAUGGAAAAAUUAAUAGUUUAAUUAUUGCUGCUGAAUCAGGUUCAUUUGAUAUUGUACGUUUAUUAGUUGAAAUUGGCUUAGAUGUUAAUUAUAAGAUAGAAGGAACAGGUGAAACAGCUGGUCGUACACCUUUAUUUCAUGCAUGUGCAAAAGGCUUCCAAGAUAUUGUGGAAUAUUUAAUUGAUCACGGAGCUGAUGUUAAUGCAACAGAAGACAGUGGUCUCUCAUGUUUACACAUAGCAGCAGCUAUGGGUCAUGCUGACAUAGUUCGAAUUUUAUGUGAACAUAAUGUAAAUGUUAAUCAACGAUAUCGUUUUGAAGAACAAGAUGUAACUGCAUAUGAUUUAGCUGAAUGUCAGCAACAUAAUCAUGUAUGUCAAAUGUUGAAAAAUUUUCGUGCUAAAUAA